AUGAGCAAUUCAAACGCUCCCAAAUCAGCAAUUAAUUUGACCGACAACUCCAUCACCUCCGACACUCUGUGCAAUGAGCACAGCCCUGUGCGGAGCAUCUGGUGGGAGGACGAGCACACUUUUGGGCCCCCUUUUAACCCCUCCGAUCGGGGAAACCAGCCACCCCAGUACUCGUGGCGCCAAAAGGCUACCCCAGACGCGCAUUGUGCCCCCCUAGUCAAGGAGGACCUCAAUCUCAGGGAUCUCCUCCGAAAGAAGAACCAUCUUCUGCAAAAUAUUGCUCUGGAAUAUUCACGGCUCGUAGGACUGAUGCAACAGGAGUUUGGUAUCACCGGCAUUGAACCGGAGACUUAUGCGGAGUCAAUGCGGUCCUACGACAAGGCUGUUGAUGACUAUGAGUGCUUCCAGAUAUUCACGGAUUCUCUGGUCGUCACGAUUAGUCAAGAAACAGAUGUAAAUAUGGAUGCAGAAAGGCAAGCCUUGCACAGAGGAACGCCCUACACCCUUUCACCAGAAAUUUUACAAGACGUCACCUAUGGUAGUUUACAAAAUAUCGUUGGUGUGCAGGAGAAGGAACGCAAGUGUUCCAUCGAAGUGAUAGACUUCACUGACGAGAAUACGCAGACUAAUUCGCGUAAUCGUGCCAACAGUGCACCCCUCGAGGUUUUUCCUGCGGCGAUACCUUGCUCCGCCACCAUCUCCCCCACUACGUCCACCUUUCGGCAAAGCCGGUCAGGGACUUUGGAGACACCUCAGCAGACGCCUACAUCCACAUCAGCGUCGUUGCAACCUACCUUGCAUCGAUUCUUCUCCCUUAAGAGCCUAUCUGACAGCCUGCCGGCACUCAAUACUAGGGUGUUCUCGGAUGCCGCACGACAGUCUGCAGGUGCAAGCGAUGGCAGUGGUGGUGGUUACGGUGGAGAACAGCUGCCACUACCAGCGCAGCCACGGUGCCAUCUCAACAAAGCAGACUCCAUGAAGCUUAACGAUCUCAUAGCCUGGAAGAAUGUGGAAAUUGCCACCGUGCAGAAUAUCCUAAGAUUGCUUCGCCUGUACCGCGAAAGCGAGGAGCUAAAGGAGGCGCAACAAUCGGUGCUGGCCUCCUGGUCUCUCUUGGUGGGUCGGGUUGAGCCGCAGCUCUCGCUUUUCCCCCAUCCUCUCUCCAUUUCCCUCGCCCUCUCGCCAGACAAGCCGCCGUAUCCAAACAGCUGCUGCCACCGCUGCCAACUAUCCAAUGGUAACGCCACAACCGACUCCAACUACCACACCGACGGGCAGUCCUCUGACUCUUCCUACUCCAGACUCUGCUCUAACCAGUCCCUUUAUCAAACAGUCAGCUACCAUUCCUCCCAAACGCCCCUGGUCAGUCCACAGGAGUCUCUGAUCCACUGUGCCAAAUCAACUGUGCAGAACCGUGUCUGGCCACCAUCUACCCGUUCAUCUCCAACGCAUUUCAACAAAUUCCCAUGUGGCAUUAAUUCGGUCUCCGAACUGGAGAGAUUAACAAGUACUCCAAGUUGCCGGCUUACCCCCUCAGAGGCAACAUCGACCUCCCUUACGAGGCCGCGAUUCACUCUGGCAGACAAGCUAAACAUGUGCACCACCUACUUCCAUUGA